AUGGCCAGCUACUUUAUUUUUGGAAUACUCCGUCUAUCUGAACUCUGCAACAGUUGUUUCUGGUCCUACAAGGACUACUACGUUGCGGCGUGGUGCUUCCACCAGACCUAUGUGUCAGCUCUAUUACGUUGUUUUGGUGUGCUGGUGAUCUCAUUCCAACGCUAUAUUUCUUUAUGCAAACACGGUCAUCCAAUCGAACAGAUUGUCAACAGUUCGCAUCGUUGGGUUCUGCCCAUCCUUCAGUGGGUAGUGCCAUCAGUGUAUUCAAUUCCACUUCUUGUGUUCGGUAACGCGACCUUUACAAGCCCAGAAAAUAUGGAGGUGUUGGUUGAACGGCAAGCUAUCACGCUUGACACUUCGAUGACUGCACCCUUCGUCUUUAUAACGUUCAUUCUAUGCAGUCUGUGUUAUGGGACAAUACUAAGAUUUCUGGUCAAAAACCGUUACAGUAGCAGCGUAGCUUUGAAACGAGAACGUCGUCUUUAUGUGCAGAUGCUUGGCCUAUUUGUCGGCUUCCUGCUUUUGACUGUCUUUUACAUCAUGCAGUUCAGGUUUUCACUUCGUUCCAACGACGGUCCAGUAUUCACAAUGAGAAUCGUGUUUCCUGUGGUCAGCUGUUUCUUCUCGUACGUUAAUGCAUGGAUGAUUCUGGGUCUGAAUGACGAUAUAAGGCGGAAAGUUCUGAUACUGCUGGGAUUUCAAUUGAAAAAAGUUCCGGGCUCAUCAUUGUUCGGAAACAAGUCUACCUCGGUGAAAGUGGCACCUAUCGGCGAACCAACGCGAUUCUGA